AUGGCAACUCGUGGACAGGGUCGAGGACUGAGAGAAAAUGAGGAACUCGCUUCGUCUCGUAAUCAAGCCGACUUCUUGGCGGUGAUGACCAACCUUGUCAACACAAUGCAAGCUAGUGCGGCGACUACAAAUCUAGCCAUGGAAAGAAUGAAUGGAAAUGAUAACGGAUCUGGAGGAAACUCAGUUGAAGGAGGUCCGAAGACAUUAGCAACUUUUCUGGAGGUUAAUCCCCCUGUCUUUAGAGGAUCAACUAACCCGAUGGAAGCUGACGAUUGUUUUAUAACAAUAGAGAGAGCACUACAAGUGCAACAUGUACCUGAGGGUCAACUGGUGGAGCUUGCUGCUUAUCAGCUAGCUGGAGAAGCGCAACAAUGGUGGCAAGGAACUUACCUUCUUCUGCAACAAGGAAAAGGGAAUAAUGUGAUCACUUGGGAGGUUUUCAGAGAGGAAUUCUACAACGAGUAUUUCCCGAAUUCCGUGAGACAAGCUAAGGAGUUGGAGCUGCUUCAAUUGAGGCAAGGAUCUAUGACUGUGGCUGCUUAUACAAGCAAAUUUGAGGAAUUGUGUCGUUUCUCAAGAGUUUGUCAGGGACCUCUGGGUGAUCCUAAAGGAUAUGAGGAGUGGAAGUGUAUGAAGUACCAGGAUGGUUUGAGGAACGAUAUCAUGCGAGUUGUGGCGCCUCUUGAGGUUAAGAGCUUUGUAGAAUUAGUGAAUAAGAGUCGUGUGGUGGAGGAUUGCUCUAGGAAGAAUGCGACUACUAGUACUGACCGUGGUGGUUACCACGACCGAGGAGGAGGUGCAAGAUCCUUUGCUCCAAGGGGUCGGAACUUCAAGAGAGGAGAAUAUGUUCAACAAUCUCAACGUGAUCGAGCUACUUUCCAAGGGAACAACAACAACCAUCAAAGGAGAUAUGGUUGUGGAGGAGCUGGUCACAUGUCUUGGAACUAUCUGGAAAAAGCCAACCGGAAUGCUGGGAGACCGCAACAAGGUCGUGUGUAUGCUAUAACGACGGAUGAUGCUGCCAAGUCGGAUAUUUUGAUAAGAGAUGCAGUGGCAUUGAUCCACUUGUUUCGGGUUCGGUUUGAGCCUUCCGGAGUAGAUGCAAUGAUUUGCCUCCAAGUUGUUACCAGGCACUUAAACUCUCUGGAUCUCCCCAAUGAAAUGAAAUUGAUUGCAUGA